AUGCGCGUAGUACGCGACCCAGAUAAGGCACCAGAAGCACUUCUGACGUCUGAGGAGCGUGCCAAGCAUAGUGAGUACUGGUACAAGGAAUAUGCGGACAUGAUGAAAGGCGUACCACCCAAGCUGCCUCCCAUCCGUGCGGUCAAUCACCGCAUACCGCUCAUUGACGAAAGCAAGCGAUAUCACUACCACCUGCCGCGAUGCGCCGAAUCGGUGAAACCGCAACUGCUGGAUAAGAUCAAGCAGUAUGAGCGUUCAGAAUGGUGGAUUGCUCGGCCUGUCGAACAGGCCGCGCCAAUGCUGUGCAUACCUAAGAAGAGCGGUAAGCUGCGCACGGUCAUAGACUGCAGACAACGCAACGACAACACCGUUCGGGACGUCACGCCUCUACCGGAUCAGGACCAGAUCCGGAUGGACGUUGCUCGCGGAGCAAUUCGGUCCAAGAUAGACCUAAGCAACGCAUAUGAGCAAGUCCGAGUGGUCCCUGAAGACGUACAUAAGACUGGGUUUGCUACAGUAUAUGGCACGUACGAAAGUAACGUCAUGCAGCAGGGCGAUUGCAAUGCACCCGCUACUUUUCAACGCUUGAUGACCUAUAUCUUCCGUGAUCACAUAGGCAUCUUCAUUCAUGUGUACCUAGAUGAUAUGUUUAUCUAUAGCAAGAGCGUUGAAGAACACCAUGCACACUUACGAAUCGUAUUCAACCUCCUUCGCCGCAACAAGCUGUACGUCGAGAUCGACAAGUGCGAGUUGUAUGCGGCCCGGAUGGAUUGCCUUGGGCAUGUCAUCGACGACAAGGGGCUCCAUGCUGAUGGCGACAAGAUGUCGCGCAUCCGCAACUGGCGCCCACCCAGGGAUACGCAGGAUCUGAUGCGCUUCUUGGGCUUAGUACAAUACAUACAGCACUUUAUGCCGAACGUAUCCCAGUAUACGGCGCCACUGAACGUGCUCACGAAAGCCCCUACGCUCACCUGGCGUCCUGUCCAUCAGACGUGCUUCGACAUGAUCAAGCAUUUGGCGUGUAAGACGCCGAUCUUGAAGCCAAUUGAUCCAAGUCUUCCCGACCCAAUCUGGAUCGUCUGUGACGCAUCAACAUCCGGUGUGGGAGCGAUGUACGGGCAAGGAUCGGACUGGAAGACCUGCCGACCGGCGGGAUUCAUGUCUAAGAAGUUCACGUCAGCUCAGAUGAACUACGCUGUGAGGGAAAUGGAAACGCUUGCCAUUCUGUCCGCACUCUUGAAGUGGGAAGACAAGCUGCUCGGUUACCCGAUACGGGUCAUCACGGACCACAAAGCGUUAGAAUUCUUCAAGAGCACCAACCAGCGCAUGCUGAACCCGCGACAAUCGCGGUGGAUGACCUUCCUCGAAAGGUUCCACUACACCAUCGAAUAUGUCAAGGGCUUGGAGAACGUUGUAGCCGACGCGUUCUCCAGGUACUACAGCACUGACCGAUGGGAUGAGUGGCAUCCCGACCAUGAAUACGUGAACGCCGACAUUCGCCUAGACCCAGAAGGCGAAGAUCUGCCGUGGAAUAGGUUCGCCGAGAUACGCGCGGUAAACGCUGACAUGCGCGCACAGGCCGAAUCAGAGUCCUUGCGGCCAACUCGGCCUCAACGGCGUGCACGUAAUCACACAGUAGACCCGGCAGCCUGGAGACAGUCCACACUCCCGCGCGUGGCCAAGGAACACGAUCACCCGAGGAUAGGUGAGGCGGAUAAGCUCUCCGGCGAGCAACAGCAGGCAGUAGCCAGCGCGCCAGCCACUGACGAAGCGCCUCGGGAUCAGCGGAUCGACGACUCGCGUGGCGAAUUCGGCUCCGACCUCGGCGGUGCGGCUGCCGAUGUGGCACCGGCGUCAUCGGCCGACAAUCCGCGCCUAGUGGACUCCGCGGCAGAUGGCCCGUCGUUGCUACAAUACGCCAGGGAAUCUAGUGGUUUUCUCAGUAGUGUACGAUCCGGCUAUACCAAAGAUGUGCUAUUCACCAGAGUAGUGAAUAAACCUGUCGAAUACAGUACAUUCAAAAUUCGCGAUAAGCUGCUGUACACGAGAAAUCGUGCUGGUGACGACGUACUUUGCAUACCCCGUACUCUACACCACGGGCGCCGACUCACGGAGCUCGCCAUCGAUCAGGCCCAUACUACUAUCGGCCACAUGGGUUCAUUCCGUACCGGGGAGUACUUACGCCGCUACUUUUGGUGGCCGACUCUCGGCAAGGACGUGGAUGCAUUCUGUAACACAUGUCCGACGUGCCAGGCCACCAAGCCCCGCAGCACUCUGGCAAGCGGUAAACUGCACAGUUUACCAGUACCUACGCAACCAUGGCAAUCGAUUGCUAUGGAUUUCGUCGGACCAUUUCCGCUCGCUAGAGCUCGACCUUGA